AUGUUUGUCAUCAAAAGAAGCCUUCAAUUAAAUCAGAAAAAAGUGUAUCCUCUUGCUUUCAAGCAUCAAUUAAAGCAGCAGCAACAACAGCAAAGAUAUGUGCCAUUGGCUCAAAACAUCAGCAUGGUACAGAGACGCCCAUUGUCGAUUUGGACCAUUCCCAAGAUCAUAUUAGCAACACAAGGUAAAAAGAACCGUGGUCUUAUUCUGGGUACAUUGGGUGCUGCUACGUUUCUCAGCUCCUUUCUGGGUCCUGUCGUAUGGGUCACCGUGGGCGGUGCUGCUUCUUUAAUGUCAUGGCGAUUGUUUAGAAAGGCAAAGAGUUGGUGGAACUAUCUGACGCCAUCUAAACCAGAUGCAGAUACUCUCAGCAACAGUAAUCAAGAGGAACCGUCGCUUUCUCAAGCAUUGCUCUCCAAAAUUGGCACGCAUCAUGCUGAGGAGCUUAUUCGAAUGGAGGCCAUCAAGAGCCUCAAGAACUAUUUCGAGACAUCCAGCAAAGGCAAGCAAGUGCUAGAGGAAUUUGGCUUGGAUCAUCCUCGUGAUCUGGUAUGGGAGGAUGUACAUAGAUCAGAAACUGUCAGGUUGGAUGGCGGAAAGAAACAUAGAGUGUCUGUCAACUUUUGGCUGGAGGAUCAGACGUCCAAAGGACCCAAAGGUGGUACUUGUGAAGUGUCUGCCAGUGCACUGGUGAGUGGGCAAGGCAACAUUGAUCUGGAGCAAGUCAAGCUGAGCUCCCCGGACUGGCAUCAAGAUGAGAUCAUCUCUCUUGCGUAG